AUGGGAAACUGUGGGAUUGAAAAACAAAAAAAGGAUUUGUACGAUGUCUUGGCUUCAUUAAUAGAUUUAAAUGAAUAAAUUUUAAGUGACAUUUUUGAAUUGUUAAAAAAAAAUAAAAUUAAAGAUUGUUUAGAAUUUCUUUCAAAAGAGAUUAAUCAAAGGAAAGAAAAAUAAUCAUAGAUAUUACAGGAAGAAAACGAUUCUAAGAUGAGGGAAUGGAUGAAAAUAUUUGGAAAAAACAGUAUUAAAAUUAUAAUAAGUGUUCUCAGAUAAAUUAAAAAUCAUGAUUUUAAUAGAUAGAAUUACUCUGUCAAAGAAUACGAAUAAAUUAAAAUUGAUCUGAUCAUAAAAAUAUCAUGGGAUAAGAAAAUUAUAGAAUUUCUAAAGUUUUUAAUUCAUCUUACUACUUUGGAUGAGAGAUACAUAUAGUGCGGAUCAAAUUCCCUUCAUUUAUUAGUUUAAAUGAUGGUUGAUUUGAAAUAACAAUCUUUUAAAAAUAUUAGAAUUAAAAAUACUAAUCUGUUGGGAGGAAAUUUUAUGGGGUGCAAUUUAAGUGGAUCUGAAUUUGAGAAUGUCAUUAUAAGUGGAAUGAAUUUAAAUUAAGCCAAAUUAUUAAAUUGUAGAUGGAGAAACUUAGAUAUAAAUGAAGAAAUUAAGUUAAAUGAUCAUCGUGAUAGAGUCAAUUCAGUUUGUUUUUCUCCAAAUGGUAAUUUAUUAGCUUCAAGUAGUGAUGAUAAUUCUAUUCGUUUGCGAGAUGUGAAAACAGGAAAAAUUAAAUUUUUACUAUAGGGAGAGAAGAAGGUAAAAUCUAUCUAUUUUUCACCUAAGGGUGCAACCUUAGUUUCUUGCAACGAUCAAAUUGUAAAUUUAUGGAACAUCAAAACAGGGAAAUAAAUAUUCAAAUUAAUUGGUCAUAUUUAGGUUGUAAAUACUGUCAUCUUCUCUCCUGAUGAUACUACUUUGGCAACUAGUAGUGAAGAUAAUUCUAUCCAUUUAUGGGAUGUUAAGACAAGAUAAAAACAAGCCAAAUUCGGAGGUCUUUCAAAUAGAAUUACAUCAAUCUGUUUCUCUCCUGAUGGUACUAUAUUAGCAUCUGGCUGUGCAGAUAAUUCUAUCUAUUUAUGGGAUGUUAAGACAGGAAAAUAAAAAGCCGAAUUAGAUAGUCAUAAGUGUUAAGUCACGUCAGUCUGUUUCUCUCCUGAUGGUACUUUUUUAGCAUCUGGCAGUUACGACUAUUCUAUUAGAAUAUGGAAAGUUUAGACAGAAUAAUAAAUAGUCCAAUUAUAUGGUCAUACUGGUUAUGUUCAAACAGUCUGUUUCUCUCCUGAUGGUAAUACAUUAGCAUCUGGUAGUUGUGAUGCCACCAUCCGUUUAUGGGAUGUUAAGCAAGGAUAAUAAAUAGACAAAUUAUAUGGUCAUUCAAAUUAUGUCACGUCUGUCUGCUUCUCUCCUGACGGUAAUUUAUUAUCAUCUGGUAGUAGUGACAAGUCUAUCUGUUUAUGGGAUGUUAUGACUAGAUAAUAAAAAGGCAAAUUUGAUAGAGAUAGUAAUGUAGUUUAUUCAUUCUGCUUUUCUCCUGAUGGUACUAUAUUAGCAUUUAGUUGUCAUGAUAAGUCUAUUUGUAUAUGGGAUGUUAAGUCAAGUUAAUUGAAAAUCAAAUUAUAUGGUCAUACUUUUAUUGUUAUGUCAAUCUGUUUCUCUUCUGAUGGUACAACCUUAGCGUCUGGUAGUGUAGAUAAAUCUAUCCGUUUAUGGGAUGUUAAGACAGGAAAAUAAUAAGCGAAAUUAGUUGGUCACGGUAGCACAGUUUAUUCAGUUUAUUUUUCUCCUGAUGGGACUACUUUAGCAUCUGAUAGUCAAGACUACUCUAUUUGUUUAUGGGAUGUAAAGACAGGGUAAUAAAAAGCUAAAUUAUAUGGUCAUGCAAGUUGUGUUCAAUCUGUCUGUUUCUCACCAGAUGGUACUACCUUAGCGUCUGGUAGUAUUGAUAAAUCUAUCCGUUUGUGGGAUGUUAAAACAGGAUAUGAAAAAGUUAAAUUAGAUAUUCAUAGCAGUUUUGUAAGAAAAUUGUGUUUUUCUCCAAGUGGUUUUGUCUUAGCCUCUGAAAGCAGCGAUAACUCCAUUUAUUUAUGGAAUGUUGAAACUGGAUACUAAAUUCAAGCCUCUGAUCUUAGUUACAAAAGCAUAAUUGCUUAAUUUCACCAACCCCUUUUUUCAGAUGAUUGUAUUUAUGGUAUAUUAUGACAUAGCUAAUACGAUUCUUACUAUUCUUCGAAUUUCUCAAAUUCCCAAGUUAUAAGCCUAAGGAGCAAUAAUCUUAAGAGGAGAAUUUGUAAAUUAUUAAGGCAUAGAUUUACUUUCAUUUUUCAAAUCUAAAGGCAGUUUGAUUUUAGAAAACAAAAUAGAAUACAAAUAAAAUUGA